AUGGCCACCAUCCAGAUUCCGCCUGCGAGAAAUGACCGCUAUCAAGCCAUCCGUCAGUUGGUGAAGACCAUUUUCGAACAGGAAAACAGAUCACGACAAUGUCAAGGGCUAUUGGAGGCCAGAAUUCAUCGCUGCGCCUGGCUGGAGUCCAUUGUCAAGCAAUCUGAGCAAUCAAAGUUGCAACGCGAGUCCGCGCUCACACAUUUGACGGAAAACCAACGAAUACUGCACCGAGAUCUUGUUAUUGCAGGCCUAAAGAUACAAGAGUUGGAGUCCCGCGCUGCAAGCCAAAAAUCCGUCAAUGAGACAUUGUUGCGUUCAUUGGCUCCAGGUGACAAGGAUCAGUCAAGGGCAUUCAAUACUGAUGAUAUUCGCCUUGAAAACCAAUGGCAAGGUGAACUGAUUUCUAUCCUGCAAAAUACACUACAGAUGCGGGAAAGAACAAUCACAGGUCUGCAAAUAGUCUUGGAUGAAACAUGCGAGGGCGAUUCUCCUGGUUGUUGUUCAGCCUGUGAUAUCAGCGGUCACCAGUGUAAUGCAGUCCCAGAUUCUCCAUGUCAGGGAAUCUUGAUUGGAGAUGAUGAAGAGACCUUGUGUGAGAUGAACAGAGAGUCAAGGCCUAGCGUUGGAUCGCCUUGA